GAUGCGGAAGUGUGGCUGGCUGUGCGCUGUGACAGUGGCGGCGUUGGUGUUCACCGCCUUCCUUCAUGACUCCGACCUUCGCCGCCGUCUCCAUCCUCCAGCCGCUUUAACGCUCUUCAUGUGGUCCUCCGGGAAACGACAAACACUUUCUUAACGACAAAAGUGUGAAACCUGCUCGCCCACGGCUGUGCAUCAUGUGGAGGAAGGCCUCGGUUGCGGCCCUCCUGGCGCUGGCGGUUGGCUACCUCUACCACGGUGGCCCGGAGUUGCCCGAGCAGCUUCUCCAGUACAUCAGCCUGCCCGGCUUCCAAUCGUCCCAGCAGAGCCAGCGGCACGUGGAGCGGGUCAUUUCUGACGCCUGGGACUCGCUGAUCACGUUGCCCGUGCGGCAGUGGAGCCGAGUGGCCGUCGGUGUCAACGCCUGCGUGGACGUGGUGUUGUCGGGUGUGGGUCUGCUGCAAGCGCUGGCGGUGGACCCCGGCAGCGGCCUUGAUCAUGAAGUCCUGCACUCGAAAGAGGACCUGAAGGAAGCCUUCAUCCAUUAUAUGGAGCGCGGGGCUGCCGCUGAGCGUUUCUUCAGCGACAAGGUGGCGUUCCAGAGGAUUGCCAGAGCAGCUGCCGAAUAUCCUGGUGCCAAGCUGUAUGUAGGAGGGAACGCCGCCCUCAUCGGGCAGAAACUUGCAACCUAUCCUGACCUCAUGGUUUUGUUAUGUGGACCAGUUGGACCCAAACUUCACGAGAUGCUGGAUGAGCAGAUCGUUGUUCCGCCAGGUUCGCUCCAGGAGACGGAUGAAUAUCAUCUUAUACUGGAGUACAAAGCAGGUGAGCAGUGGGGUUCAACUCGGGCGCCUCAAGCUAACCGCUUCAUCUUCUCGCACGACGUGUCCAACGGCGAGAUGAGCUUGCUGGAGACGUUCGUGACGAGCCUGGAAGAGUUCCAGCCGGAUUUGGUGGUCCUGUCCGGGCUCCACAUGAUGGAGGGUCAGGGCAGGCAGAUGUGGGAGGAGCGUCUCAAAGAGGCGGUGGCGGCCAUAUCAGACAUUCGUAAAGACAUUCCCAUUCACUUGGAGCUGGCCAGCAUGACGGACAAAGACUACAUGAACAGCAUCAUGCAGGAGCAGUUCAUGCCCAUUGUCAGCUCCAUUGGGCUGAACGAGCAGGAACUGCUGUUCCUGUCGCAGGCCGGCGGCGGGCCACACGCUCACCUCAGCACCUGGAAGGGCGUCCCCGACGUGGGCCAGGUCAGCGACAUCCUCCUGUGGAUUCUGGAGCGCCACGGCCGCAGCGACCCCUCAUCAGAGGCCGACCUGACCCGCGUCCAUUUCCACACCCUGGCCUACCACGUGCUGGCCACGGUGGACGGCUACUGGGGCAACCAGGCGUCGGCGGUGAUGGCGGGGGCUCGGGUGGCCAGCAGUCAGGCGUGCGGCGUGCAAGCGGUGGACGUCAGCAAGGUGGAGCUGAAGGCGCCGCUCCAUUUUCACAGUUCACACUCGGAGCCCCGGGAGUCGCUGUCACUCGACCCUGCGGCCCCGGUGGCGGUGUGGCGUCGGGGAAACGUCACCUUCCACCUGACGCCGGUGCUGGUCUGCAAGCUGCCGCUUCGGACAGUGGGACUCGGCGACGCCAUCUCAGCGGAGGGACUUGUUUACUCGGAGCUAACGAGCCAGCAGCACGUCUGAUGCUGCCUGCAGUCAGACCAUCCAGGUGAUGGGCUGAAGGUGAGCCUGCUUCUGCGUCUUCCUCUACGCUUUCAAAUCCUGCCUGUGGACACGUCCUGAUUCCCUCUGUCGUCUGCCGGGUCUUCCUGUGCUGACACGGACUGUGGGCGAUAGUGGGACAUCUUUGAAGUGGCUCACCAAUUUUAUCUGGGUAUGUGUGCCUUCACAUAGGUCAAUAUCGUCACCAAACUAAGGCUAACCUUGUCCACACGAACACACAUAUUGAAAAUAUUUUCCAUUAUUUCACAUUACCGCCAUCAAAUUCAAAGCAUUUAUCUCCACUUAAAAAAAAAUUCUGAAAAACAAACUAGCAAAAAAAAACAUUUCUAAAUGGGUGCAUCCACCAAAGUGAAACAAUGUACAGUGGAACUUCGAUUUACGGACUUAAUUGGUUUUUGACAGGCUUCGCUAGUAAAAAGGUUUGUAUAGUGAAGCAAAUUUCUCCAUAAGAAACCUUGUGAAUAUAAAUAAUGGGUUCCUUGAUAAAAGUCCAUAUUUUAGUUAAGGUUUGAACACAAUAUAAAGUGCUAUACGGUAUUGUAUAUCAAACAAAUAUAACAAGGGGGUGAUGCAUUAACUCUUUAUUAACAAGCCAAACAAACAACAACAUGCCGCUGUCCUGUAUGCGCUGCUCUGCCAUUAAGCGCACGUACACAAUCAGAAAUCACAAAAAUCCUUAACUUUAUACAACAAUAUUGCUACAAUAAUCAACAUUUCAAAAAGUUAAAUCCACUUACAUUAAAAGGAAACUGCCCUUUUAUUUAAUUUUGCCUACCGUUUACAAUAUUUGUGUAACGGAAGAACAAAUGUUUUUCUUUUUUUCAAUGCCAACAAACAUAAUAAAACAUAACUCGCUGUACAAUGUCUGCUGUCAUUAGGAUGUUGACUGGUAUGAUGUUCAUAUAUUCCCAUUUAGAUAAAGAAUGAGUCAUAAUCUUCGCAAAGAACAAUGAGGUGAAACUAAGCGUCUUUUCGUGUCUUUCUCGCCAUUUCUGCAUCUAAAUUGGAUGCCAAAGUGUACCAACUUGUCAGAUUAUGUCCUCAUGCUUCUACUAUCCAGGUGAGAGGCGAUCUGGAUUAAAUUUUGGAGCUUUGAUGCUUAAAAGCAGCUCACCGCAGCCACUGAUGUCAGUGCAGCCAGCACAAGGUGUUAGCUCCCUCUGAUCACGGCGCCGCUAUAAAUAGUUGGUCUGUGUUAGCGCUUAUAAUAACAAUAUCGCUAAUACUUGGUUAAUAUUCAAGUCAUAAAAUGUAAAUGAAGUAUUUUUGGCGUUUUUUUAAAUGUUUUUUUGAGAGAUUUAUGGGCAGAAUAGAGGACAUCCCAUUGACUGUAUUUACGAGUUAGAAUGCAUAAAAAAAUAAUUAAUCUGUCAUCAUGUCUUUUAUAACGAUUGGGAACGAUAGGCAAAAUUUAAAAAAGUGCAGUUCCUCUUUAACAUUGGAGAAGGAGGAUCUGAUGAGAAAACAGCAUACAGAGGGAGAGUAGGGAGGGUGGUGUGUGUGUGCGUGAAGAAGCGCCGCUGAACAACAGGUAGUGUCUUCUCCACUGUAAAAUAAGCCUGUUUUCCAUCUCUGGUCUCAUCACAAUUAAAAAUUGCCUGCUUUGUUGAAUCUUCCAUACUAGUGAGUGCCAAUAAUGUACUAUUUGCAAAUAGUCUUUUUUUUUUUUACGCCAGAGCGAUUCCCUCUUUCUUUUUACGCUGGUCUGUUGUUUUUUUGGAACUCAUAUUGAGUUAGCAAAAUGGACAACACUUGUCAAAGGGGUAAACAACACAAAAAAGGCACACACACACACUUAGGCGCUGAGAAGUAACUAGUAGUGUACUGUGCAGCAAGUGAUGCCCUCCCAAAAAUCCUGCACCCUGCUUUUUGCCUGCAGGCAGGACACAAAAUUAAUUAAGCGUUUGUACAUAGAGACUUGUGUCACACACACAGGCAUAUUCGGCACAAUCGAAAAGUUUGCAAAUAGAGGGGUUUGUAAGUCAAGGUUUCACUGUACUGAAAUAAUCUGUGGCCAUCAUAAAACCAUAAUUAACUGUACACAAAAAAAUUAAGUCAAAGUAAGGCAUUUUUGAACAACAUGCGAGUAAAAAUAAGUUAGACAUAAAUGACACGUGUCUCACUUUUUAACAUUGUCUCACAAGGUUACAAAUACAUCAACAACUGUUCACUCAAGAAUAAAAAGAAGCUAAGUUGACCAAAUGUGUGUUACAACUGAAAGGAAGGAAAACAACUCACCUUUGAUGGUUGAUUUCUAGGUCUGGCAGCCAGACCUGGUACUAUGUUGUACCAUCUUCAUCAUUUUGGGAUGGUCUGGAUUAGGAGUUAUGGUUGAUUUUUGAAGGACAUUCCUCGAACUCCAAAUUGUGCAAUUUUGGGGCGUUUGACAUCUAAGGUUCCACGGUACCUGUUUUUAAAUUGGACAGUGGUGAUUUUCAGGAUUGUCAGUCCUCCUGUACUCUUCUUUUCCUCGGAUAGUAUUGCUGUGUUUCCAUUCAACUACACCACCUGGUGCUUUGGCAUGCACAUGACAGAGAAAAUAUUUCUUAAUAUCUGUGUACGUGUGGACAUAGCAUGAAAAUAUUCACAUUUAAAUGGACUAAACAUUAUUUCAUCUUGUUAAAUGUCUUUUGUUUCUCUUUUUUGUUGAGUUUGUGUACCAAAAAAUAAUUGCAGGAUUCCCUCAGACUUAUUAACUUGUUGUUAUGAAGACACAUGUGACAUUUUUUUUUAAAUUCCGCAUAGAAGCGAAUUGUUCCUAUUCUUAUGGGGGUUAAUUUGUGUCAUUAUUAUGAAAGCAUUUUUUGACAGUUUAUGCAACUGAAUGUUUUGCAUCUGAAUUUUGUGAAUUUAUUUUUUUUACAUCAAAUUAUGAGAAUUUCAUAAAAAAUGUAUUUUAUUUUAUUUCAUAACUUUCAUAACUUUAUUCAGCGGAAGUAGGUCUUGAGUUUUGACUCAACAAAUAUUUUUGCAACAAACUUUUUAACACUGAAUUUUUAUACACUAUAUUUUAAAACACGUUAUUUUAACAAACUUAAAUUUUAAACACACAAACGUUUAUGUCAUGAAGUUGUCAGCAUAAUUUGAUUGAGUUCGUGAGCAAGGUUUGUGUGUUUAAAAAUUCUGUUUAAAAGAAUUCAGUGCACAAAUAUUUAUUGCUUUUAAACUCAAGACUGGUAAACUGGUCAAUUGAAUUAAAAAAAAUGUAUUAAAUGAAAAUCUGAUGAAAUUGUGUUCACAAAAUACAAAUCAUUGCAUAACUUCAGUGUCAAAAAAGCUUUUGUAGUAAGUACACAGAUUAACCUCCAUAUACUCUCAUGUUGCAAAGCACAAAGCGUCAUUGUUGUUUUUUUAUUACCAUUUUUGUUUUAUCACAACUUUAACAUGUGAACCUGGACACUGUUAUAGUGGAUGGAGUCUUUAUGCACGCAAAUUAUCUAUCUAUCCAUCUAUCAGCAGGCACCACAUUGCAAACAUGAAGUUUAGACAGAAAUUACUUGUUUUUUUUCAUAAUCUUGUAGUAAAGCGAUUCACUGGAGAAUCCCCAACGCCUGUCCAAUCUGAACUUCAGCAAAAGCAUCUUACCUGAUUUAUAUGCUAUAUUAUGUUGUUGUUUUUUACAUUGUUUGCUCAAACUAUGAAAGGCUAGAAUAAUGUACAUUUAUGACUGUCCCGUGUGUUCCUCCCCCCCAAUACCUCAAAGCAUUUCAUGGAUCAGUCUUAAUGCAAAAUGUGACCGGGGCAUUUCACACUAGACACCUUAGAUUGUUUGCACUACAGUAGGUGUAAAGGUGAAUGUAACCCCAACCCCUCCUAGCAAGUACAAUCUAGUCAAAUAACUAUAUCAUUGUGGAUGACCUACGUUCUUAACAUUUGUCAUUUACUUGUACUUUUUCAUUAAAAUGUAUAUCUACCAA